AUGCCUAUAACAAAUUUCGCUGUCCAGGAUAGAUACCAAUACCUUGAAGGAUUUGGCAAUCAUCAGCAAUCGGAAGCAUUUCCUGGUGCAAGCCCAGUAGCAUGCAACAAUCCCCAGAAGCCGCCUUUCGGGCUUGUCACCGAGCGUAUCUCUGGAAGUUCGUUUACCUCGCCUCGUAGCCAUUGCUUGCAGACGUGGCUUUAUCGAGCAAAAUCGUCCAUGAUACAUAGCAAAUUCAAACCGUAUGGCUCCAAAACGGAGAUACCAAAAGCGCACAUGACACCCAAUCCACUGCGGUGGAUGUCUUUUCCCGUGGAACAAGGGGCGGACUGGACAAAGACUGCCCUGCUGGCACACUCUGGAGACGCAGCCACCAAAACGGGGCUGGCGAUUUAUAUUUACGCAAUUACAGAGGAUAUGAAGACAGCACACGCUUUCUCCUCGCUCGACGGUGAUAUGCUCAUCAUUCCGCAAUCGGGAACAAUCGACGUCCAGACCGAAAUGGGAAACCUUUUGGUACGACAGAACGAAAUUGCAAUGAUUCCCCGAGGAGUCCGUCACCGAGUCACUCUGCCAUACGGCCCUUCGCGGGGAUUCAUUUGUGAGCUGUUCCAAGGACACUUUCGCCUGCCUGAGUUGGGACCUAUCGGAUCAUGCUCAUUAGCGAACAUCCGUGACUUUCAAGUUCCAGUCGCGGCAUUUGAUGGAAAGCUUCAAGCUGGGCGAGCUCUGGGAAACGACAGAAGCUGGACCAUCAUUUCACGAUUAGGUGGAAACUUGUUUAGCUGCACUCAGGACCAUACUCCUUUUGACGUCGCCGCUUGGAACGGGACGUUUUACCCAUUCAAAUACGACCUUGCACGUUUCUGCGUGCUCGGGAACACCCUGUACGACCACGCCGAUCCCAGUCUAUUCACGGUUCUGACUGCACCCUCUUACCGCGAGCCUGGGACCGCGGUGGUAGAUUUCGCCAUCAUACCUCCACGUUGGAACGUGAUGGAAGACACUUACUGGUUGCCCUACUAUCACCGAAAUACCAUGGCUGAGUUCUCUGGGGCAAUCAUAACCAGACAGGAUCCCGACUGUCCGUGGAACCAAGGCCUUGAGUUUCAACCUUACGGUGCAGCGUUGAAUUCGGGGAUGGCAUGCCACGGUGCGAACAGCGACGCUCACCGAGCCGCUGAGGAACAGGAAACGACACCCAAAAAGGUUCAGACCGAAGGCUUCACCAUCUUCUUACUCGAGACCGAGUGUCCCUUGUGGGUUUCCGACUGGGCCAUCGAGUGGAAGGAUGUUUUGAAGACCAGGGAAGCAAAUGCUAAGCCCAGACUGUGA